AUGGCCAAGUCGGAACCUGCGCAUACCAAACCCAGCGAGACUUCGCGUGUUCGUGAGGUGUUUAGAUGCCUAGAGGCCUUUGGCACGACCAUCCACCCUCUGCAGCUCAACAAUGGCGAGAUCGAGGACAGAUUGGCCGUCGGCAGCGACGACACGGCUCUGGCUGCAUUCGCGCAGUUAGGAGCACUUCGGCUCAAGGCGCAGCGCUGUAUCAUCUCGCUCGUGUCCAAGGAUGAGGAAUUUGUUCUGGCCGAGUCGACGCGAACCCUUUCUCUGCAGUCGGAUCUGGUUCACAACUCGCGCGAUGCUUUGUUCUUGGGAACCACACGCUACCCCCGUGACGAAGGUCUUUCCGUCGCCGGCCUGAGGCAAUGGAUAACGACCAAGGAGCGCCGCGAGAAUCCAAACGAAGACGAAUACUACUACACCGAUGGCAUCAGUCCACACUGGUACAUCAUCAGCGACCUGCGAAAGGCCACCGACAUGCAAGGGCUCAUGGUCGUCAAAGCUGCCCCCAAAUUGAGAUUCUACGUUGCGGUACCCAUCCGAAAUAGCAAUGGUCUGGUCAUCGGUUCUUAUGCCAUCUUGGACGAUCGUCCUCGCCUCGGCAUCAGUGCUGAAGAAAUGGUCUUCAUGGAGGAUAUCGCUGAUACUAUCAUGGGCCAUCUCGAUGCCAAACACACUGCUUUGCAGAGGCAGCGUGGCGAUCGUCUGAUCAAGGGCCUGGCUCUGUUCAGCGAAGGCAAGGAAAGUCUACGUGACUGGUGGCUGGAUACACAUAGUCGCAAACUCCGAGGCGAAGGCGCAAGACGUCGCCGCAAUUCUAUUGACGACGCAAAAGCCCGGAACGACCGUGCCGAUGAAGAGCUGGGAAUGACAUACAACGCCGAUCAGAUCCCCCACGGCCGCAACCAUGCAUCAAUUGACACGCUCAGCAUCCAGCCAGCCGGUCAACAACCCAAACCCACCCUCAAAUCUGGUCAUAUGGCUCAGGAUAAGCACGAAGGCUUCGAUCUCGACCGUGAAGUCAAUACCGCGUUUGCACGAAGCAGCAAUCUUAUGCGCGAAGCCAUGAGUGCUGAGGGUGUGGCCUUCAUCGAUGCUGACUUUCACCGUACUAAGGAGUCAACCAAGAACCAAGACUCGUCAAACACCGAUGUCGAAACUGACACUUCGACCAACUCUUCCAGCCCCGAGUCGGCAACGCCAAAGCAGAAAACUCCCAUCUCUCCUGACGCUCAAUGUGCCCUGCUUGGUUUCUCGACAAAGGUCAAGUCGACAAUUCGUGGCUUCGAUGCUUCUGCAAGGCAUUCUAGUCUUCCAAAGGCUUUCAUCCGGAGUCUGAUUCGUCGCUAUCCCAUGGGAAAAGUUUUCAACUUCCACGACGGCAAAGCCUUGUCAAGCUCUUCUGGUACAGACAUGUCUGACGACGUCAGUGAAGGCUCUAAGAACAGCAGGUCACGCAAGCGCCGCAGCCGCGAAUUUGUCGACGCCAUGACCCUAGCUGAAGUGUUCUCUAACCCUCGUAGUAUCGCCUUCCUACCCUUGUGGGACAGCAGGCGAGAGAGAUGGCGAUCGGCCGCCUUUGUCUGGAACGCAGCGCCAAACAGAUUUUUGAACAAGGCCGAGGACAUAACAUACCUUGCCGCUUUCAGCAACAAUCUGAUGGCCGAAUUGUCACGUCUCGAUGCCAUUGCCGCUGAUCAAGCCAAAGCCACUUUCAUCAGCUCUAUUUCUCACGAACUGAGGUCCCCACUACAUGGAGUGUUGGCAGGAGUUGAGCUCUUGCAAGAAAGCGAUCUCAGCAACUAUCAGCAGGAAAUGACGACUACCAUCAGCAUGGCUGGUAAGACGUUACUAGACACGAUCAACAACAUCCUUGACUUUACCAAAAUCAACAGCUUCUCAGAGCCAGAACGAAAAGACAGAAAAGAAACAGAUGCUAAAAGGCACCAUGGAUUCAAGACUGCUGACAUGGGAGAAGUUGGCGUCACGAGUGCUGUAGACCUCGCUAUUCUGACAGAGAAUGUGGUCGACACAACCGUCACGGCGAAGAGCUUCCAAGCAAGCAAAGCUAAGCAAGAGGACGAAGACGAACUCGCUGCAAAGAUACCAAAGCAGGUGGCUGUAGUGUUGAACAUUGCUAAGCGAACUAACUGGAAUCUGGACAUAUCACCUGGAAGCUGGACCAGAGUCAUUACCAAUCUUCUUGGUAACUCGCUCAAGUAUACCAAGCAAGGCACGAUCACUGUGAGCUUACAGUACAAGAAGUCAGAGGAUCCGGAUAAAGCUCUAGUGUCCUUGACCGUCGAAGACACGGGUCAAGGUAUUGGAAGUGAAUAUCUUCGCAACCACUUGUACACCCCAUUCAUGCAGGAAAAUACCCAUGCCGUUGGUACCGGACUUGGACUUUCGAUCGUCAAGCAAAUCAUCAAAGACUUUGGAGGACACAUAAGCUUUGAAAGUGAGCUCGGCAGAGGAACCAAGGUGACCGUGUCGUUCCAAGCCACAUUCGAAGAGGAUGCCGAGUCUGAUAUUCAUAUACCGAAACGUUCUGAUGGUAGUAAGCUCAAAGUCGCGCUUUCCAAAUCUUUGGGCAAGACCGAUGGGGAUCUGGUGCGCGACAAGACAGUCAAAACAAACACUUCCAAGACCUGCAAGGAAUGGUUAGACUGUCAAACUGAGCUGGUGUCCGUUUCUGACGGUGCUGAUGCCUUUGAUGUCUGUAUCUUGUCCGAAGGAGAUUACGACCAAUGGCAAGAGAAAACGAGAAAUUCGAGCAACCCACGGCCGACACCAAUCAUUGUGCUAGGAUCAAUCUCGGCCUCUUCUGUUGUCAGACAGAGCGCAGCCAAGAACGCGAUCUUCAUCAAUCAGCCAUUUGGACCAAGAAAGAUGUCGAGAGCACUGACAGCUGCUAUGCAAAGCCGAUCUCAGUCAAACCCAGAUUCAGAGAACCAAACCCUAGGCGCCAUCGCCACCUCCCCAUCCGCCCUACACAUUCUCACGAAACCCCCGAACGUCAGCUCCAACAGCGAUCCUCCACCUACAUACACCGAAUCCAAGCCCCACGUGGGACAUGACGUCUCCUCCAUGCCUCCGACACCCACAACACCCGCGAAAACUCCGACCUCACGGGAUAGCGAACUCGAGAACUCAAAUCUCCGGAAGGUGUUGCUUGUAGAGGACAAUUCAAUCAACAUGAAGCUCCUCGUUGCAACCAUGCGCAAACUGAAACGACCUCACACCUGUGCAGCUAACGGUCUGGAAGCCGUGAGCGCCUACUCAACCGCACCGGCCUCAUACGCGCUGAUCCUCAUGGAUAUCUCAAUGCCAGUAAUGGACGGCUUCACAGCCACCGAAUUGAUCCGCAAUCUCGAAGAAAAGAACAAAUGGAGCCGCUGCACUGUGAUAGCACUUACGGGCGUCGGCGAUGCCGAAGCAAAGAAACGUGCCUUCCUCGCGGGUGUCGACGACUUCAUGACCAAACCCGUCAGCAUGGCCAAGCUGGGCGGCAUUAUCAAUGACCUCGAGAGCGGAAGUGAUAAGAGCAACAAGGAUGCCAACAACGACAACGACACCAAGAACAGCAAUAUGAGCAAAGACGAGUGUUCGGAAAAAGCCCGUCAAAACGGCCAGCAGCAAAAUGCGCAACAGCAUGCAGUGCAGCAACCGGCAUGA